AAGAAAUGGCUUCACUAGGAAUACGAGUCGUCCGUGGACCAGACUGGGAAUGGCAAAACCAAGAUGGAGGAGAAGGACAUGUCGGAACCAUUGUUCAGAUCGGAAAGGACAAGAAAUCGCCGACCACAGCGCAACUUGUGUGGGUACAGUGGGACUGUGGAAUUAAAGCAAACUAUAGGGCGGGAUUUGAUGGUAAACACGAUCUAAGGGUGUUUGAUAACGCCAUUGGAGGUACGUGUUAAAUAUUCAGGCUGUCGAAUGGCGAAAUCUUUCACUACGGUAAAAGCUUAACGUAAUAAACAUAUUAUUCAGGGACUACAACCCAUUCGAGAAGAGGAUUUUUUACAUUCUGACAUAUAGCCUUCCGUUAGUUGGAGUCCAUUUCCAAGAACAAGGAGGGAAGGCUUCUUUCCGUUUCCAUUUCAUUUUCUCUUACGGUGUGAUAUGGCAUUCAUGACGGAAGCGAAAAUGACGCUGAUGACUCGCAGUUGUACCCAGUCUCUCCCUCCCGUUGUGUUUUCGGGAAAAAUUUUAAGAUAAAAGAAAGGGGCGAAGCCAAGCGACAAGACUUUUCACGCGUUAACACUUUUCCAGAUUUCACUGUAAACAGACAGAAGAAUUACUAAGCCCCGUUUAGACCCGUUUACCCUGGUCCGGACAAAUGUUAUGUGAACGGACGAAUUUUUUAUUUGUACGACCCGUUUACACGUAACCGUGCAAAUUCUGUUAUAAAAUUCAGCACUGUUUGCCAUUCAAAAACUUGUACGGUUCUGAGGAUUCCCUUCGUAAACGAACGCAGAUCAUUGCAAGUUUUUGUCCGUUCAAAAACGUUCAAAAAAUUUGUGUAAGUCACCUCUUGAAACGAGUCUGGUUUUCAGAAUUGGCGUUUGUAUUAAGCCAAGAGAGUAUUCUCUUGAUUCAGUGAAUUGCUAAUAGCGGAGCUCUCGCGCGCGAAGCGCGCGCAGCGGAGCACCAUGGGUAAGACACUUGUAAUCUACCCAUCCGAGAAAAUUUGGUAAUCGCGUGAACCGUACACCGACCGACCGCCCGACUGACCGUCCGUCUGCCACACAGGCAUACCAAUUUAAAAUAAUUCAAUUAACAGGAUGGCAUCCCAAAUCAACUCUAGAUUAUUUUGGCGAGAAUCAUAUCGCCACCGGCUUCUUGUAAAGCAGAGAAAACUAAAGAGUCAAUAAAGACGAAAACGGAAAGCGGAAAUUGUUUCUGUAUCCGUUAUGUCUACAGUAUUAAGCUUAGAUUAAUUGUCGUGUCCACAAAUUUGGAAUAUAGAGCAAGAGAAAGACAGAGAAAAAGAGAAAGUUGGCGGCAGGCCAGCGAAGCUCAAGGAAAAAAUGAACGACGGGGAUCUACAGCGAGAGAUGGAAAACAAAGGAGACAUUUUUUGUUGGAAGAACAACAUAAAAAUUUUGUAUCGGCGGUGACAAAAUGAGAAAGGCUCGCGGCCACCAAUGCAAGGUGAAAAUGAGCGGCAGCGAAAAAAAGUGAACGAGAAUAUCUACGACAUUUCCUCCAUAAAACGUGUAACUAAAAAGUUUCUGGAAAUUUCACGUUGUAGUGGUGCGAAAUAAGGGCAAAGAAAUGUACAAAAAAAACUGUGCUGCAGGUGCAAAGUUGGUUUUUGCUAAUAGACCUAUUGUUGUUUUUCACCGUCUCCGGCGUUGCCUUCGUCGCUUAGAAUUGCACGAUUUUAUAUUUUGUUUGAACAAACUAUAAAUAUUAUCGAGAGCCUCGCUUUAGCAAUGGCUAAAUCUAUAUACUAGGCCCAAUACUGUGUGAAGUUUUCGUCGGGACGGAGAAAACUACUCCGCGAGUGGGUGCUCAAAAAUCGGUGUUCCACUGGCCACUGUACUGUGGACGAACAGAACUUAAUGAUUUUGGAUUUCCUACCAUUAUAAUUAUUUGAUUGCAACGUCUCCUCUCUGAAACGUAUUUGUUUUGAUAGUGGUUUUUUCUUGGAAAAAAAAAUUCGCCACAAUAUACUAAACAUGAAAAUUUAAUUUUCAGCAGUUAAAAGGUAAGUUAUUGUGUUUGUAACUUUCAUUUGCCUAGGUACAAAGCAUUUGCAAGUGAUGUGCGAUGGCUGCGGGAAGGAUCCAAUAGCUGGAAUGCGCUGGCACUGUCUGACAUGUCCGAACUAUGAUCUCUGCACCACUUGCUAUAUGACAGAUAAGCACGACCUUGAACAUCGCUUCGAGCGCAUCGACAAGAGUCAUGGGAAGCGGUAAGCAUUCACCCACUAGCUCCAACUCACCAGCCCCAGCUCCGACAUUCUCUUCUUCCAACAGACAUUCCAACGGGAUUAGCAAUAAAUCCCACAUCCUUACUGGUGGUUGGAAAAUCAUAUAUAUUUUACCCAUGCUGAAGCUCUUUUUACGACUAGUCUUAACUCUUUCGUCUCCAAGGAAUGUAGUCGUUCGUGGGAAAUGUUGUCCCCAACAGAAUUGCAGAUCCGCACGAGGUUAAUGGCCAUUUAAGUAUGUCGGCCGUUGGCAUACUUAACUGGCUAUUAACGCUGAGAGACUGGGCCAUGAAGUGACUGCGAGACAAUACAGUAUUCCAUUCAAAUUGUACGAAAAUUGCAUUCAAAGUCAAACGUAACUAAAACAAAUUUUAAAAGUAAAAAUUUAGAGAAAAAUUGCAUAUUUUUUUUCCUUCGUUCCGAACAACUAGCAGUAACAUCAUAUCUCAUCAGGCGCCUUAGGUAACAACGAUUCUGGCAGUGUAUGAAUAAAUUAACGAACUAAUAAAUUAACGUUUGUUGUUUUUGGUUGGUUUAUACUGCUUGUAAAUAAUGUGACAGGGUGAUCGUUGGAACACGACAAGGAUCAGAUAAACAGGAAGCACGUGGGAUGUUUAAGGGAGCUAAAGUAGUCAGGGGAGCCGAUUGGGAGUGGAAGAAUCAAGAUGGAGGUGCCAGGUUGGAGGGCGAAGUCACUGAUGUCGCCAGCUGGGACGAUGACGAGUCUGCGAAAAAUGCUGUGCGAGUUAAAUGGAAGGAAGGGCAAAGAAGCAAUAUUUACAGACUUGGAAAAGAUGGAAAAGUACUUCUAAUAUUCUUCCUGCUUAAUUUAAUGGUUUUUGACUGCAGGGCGAGGAUUUUGUGAAUAAUCUAAUGAUUGACAAAUUUUUGGUUGAAGGUCGAUCUUAAGUGUACCAUGGCUGUUAGUGGUGGAAGCUAUUACAAAGAUCAUCUACCAGUGCUGAAAGUAGAGUUGAAAAAGUCACAAAGUGGGCUUACAACUGGCGACAAAGUCAUCAUACAGGUGUCUGAAGAGAAACUUCAGCAGUUAUGUGACGGUCACGGUGGUUGGAAUGCGGAUAUGAAAAUGGUUCGUAACUCAUAUCUGAUCCUUCUCGUUCAACAUUUUAGCGGGUUGUGAUAUAUAAUAAACCCAAGAAUUAAGACGGAAUACAUCAGGGGAUUGAGUAAUUGCAAUUUUCAGUGGACAAAAACCUUGUACCAGAAUAAUUUAACAAUUUUCGGAAGGCUAGGGUCGUAUACGACCCGUAUGGUUACAUUCCUCCCUGAUCUCAUUUAGCUUUCAUUUUAAGUUAAUAAGCAACAAGGUCAGAAAAGAUACAUCCUUCCAGCGAUGCCUCGUUUUGGAUAUUUUGACCGAUCCUGACAGAGUUACACUCACGAAAUAAAGUAACAUUUAGGGGAAAAAUCCACUGCCGCUUACAUACUACUCUUUGAAAAUUAAAUUUGUCCCUUUCCUAAAAAGUUAGCUAGCCACAAUUCCAUGCAAAACAAAGACGAUAAAGUGGGCAACAAAACCAUCAAUAAAGAAAGAAAAGAAGGGGAAAAAAAGCGAGAGAGAAAGAUCGAAAUAGAUUCGCAAAAAGAAAGAAGAAAAAAGUCCAAAUUUUGGCUUUUGCGCAUGCGUGAAAAACAAUAAAGCUUUUUUUCAGGUUGGUCGGAAAAUAUGCCUUUUUUUCUCGCAAAACUCGUUUUUAGCCAUUUUUGUAUGCUAAUUAGCCGAAAACCAGUCAAAAGAAGAGGAAUUGAUGAAAAAUAAGGUUUUUUCACCACUCGCAGGCCGGGGCUAUAGAUAUAAUUAGUUAUCUGUAAUAACACCAAAGACUAUUUCAGUCACAUGGGAGCCCGAGAAAUAACAAAUUUCUCAAGAAUUUUGAAAUCACGCCAGGUAAAAUUGUGAAAAUUUCAUGUGUAAGUUGUCAUUUUGUGAUUUUUUUUUAAAUUAUUUCCUCGGGCCCCCAUUAAAAUUUUCUUCGGUGUUUUUAGAGAUAACUAAAUGACAUCUAUAGCCCUUGAAAAAUGUAGCAAAUAAUGCUGUAGUCUUUGAAUUAUUCCGGUACAAGGUUUUUGUCCAAUGAAAAUUAAUAUUACUCAAUUUCCUAAUGGAUUCCGUCGUAAAUUUGUUGUCAACUGUUUCCCUUCUUUCUUCCUUCAUUGUUUGUUGUCUGUCUCUCUUGUUUUUGCUUUUGUUUGCUUGCUUGUUUGUUUUACAUCAGAAAAAACAUUAUGAUGAUAUUAUACAGUCUAACCUCUCCUUACGGACACCUCUCUAUAACGAACAGUUCGUUUGAUCCGAGAAAUGCCAAAAAUCAUACAUCCCUACCUCUAUAAUACGGACACCUCUGUAGAGCGGACGCUUGGUUCUAUCCCUUUGAUGUCCGUAUUAAAGAGAUUUGACUGUAAUUUUUCUGUGCACAUAGUUGGUUAAUACUGUUGUAACAAUGUCGUGUCGAUGUAAUUGUCUUUGAGUAAGGCAUACAGUUGUGGUCCUAAAGAGUCCUAAAUGAGAUUCAGAAGUGCAACACGUAAUUUGGUAAUGGAUUAAUGGUAAUUUAAUCUCAGCGUUGACGAUUAAGCAUUUAGACAAUAAAGCACGGUAAUCUUAUUAACAUGCUUAACCCAUGUAUUAUCGGUACCUCUUCAAAUUAUAAAAGGGACCAACAAGAGCCGCCCCAUGUAAGGAAAUCCGGAUUCCGGAAUCAGGGAAAUUAUUCCCUCUGGAAUCCGGGAUACGGAAUGCGGAAACUUUGCUUGUGGAAUCCGGAAAACGGCUCAGGAGAUUCGGAAUCCAACUAUCGAUUGGAAUCCAGAAUCCAAGUUGUACUGACAAAGACUAGAAUCCAGUACCCGGAAUCCGGAAUCCAUAGCUUGGAACUCCAGAAUCCAAGACGGUAUUGGAUUUCCUUACAUGGGGAGAUAAUUAAGAGCUUCUUCAUUAAAUUAAGCGCAGUGGUACUUUAACUUUUAGAAAGUAUAUAAUAAUUAAUCAUCAUAUACAUCCACUUAUCGAGUCAGCCGCCAUAAACGUGUUCUUAGCUCACUUCACUGAAUUCUCUCACAGUUUAUUAGGAAAAUCGGUGUCAUUCAAGAUUUCACUUCGAAUGGUGACGUUCUGGUAGAAUAUCCUGAAAAAGUGUGGCGAUUUAAUCCUGCAGCAUUAUCAAAGGUAAAAAAGAAAAGAAAGUACAGUGUAUUGAGCCCGUAAUUACAAUAGGAUAUUGCGAAGACAUGUUGUCUUCACAAAAUAGUUCCUGCCUCGAUUAAAGUUCGUAAAUUUUCACACUUUUCACUUACAACACUUUCUUUAACAGAUCCAGGAGUUCAAACGUGGAGAUGAAGUCAUAAUCAAAUCUGAAAAGAACUUGGUUAAAGAUCUCCAGGAGGGACACGGAGGCUGGAACGAAGCAAUGAUUUCAGUAAGUGUCAGCUAUGUUACUUAA